AUGGCUGCUCCUAAGCCAUGGGAAACUUCAAUACCAAUGUCAAAUCAGCCAAUGCCAAUAUCAUUCGAUACAAUAAAUAAUGGUAUAGUACCAACAAUUGAAAAUUCACGAACACAAAUUUUAGCACCACCACCACCACCACGAACUAUUCAACAACAAUAUAAUCUUUAUCCAUCAACAAAUUAUUUAAAUCCAUAUUCAUUAGGACCAUAUCAACAAAGUAAUUUUUAUAAUAAUUAUCGUUUAACACCAUAUGGUACACAAUCAAAUAUACCUGUUAGUAAUUUUGCACAAUUAGCUAUUGAUGAAUCUCGUACAGCAUUUUCAUCAAUUGAAUCUAUAAUACAAACAUUUCGUUCAAUAUCAUUAAUGCUUGAAUCAACAUUUACAAGUGUUUAUUCAUCAUUUCGUGCUGUAACUGAUGUAUUAGAUCAUUUUACACGUAUAAGACAUGAAAUUUCAACUAUAUAUCCAUUUGUAUUAAUAUGGAAAUUUUUAAAAUAUAUUUAUUAUCGUUUAUUACGUUUAUUACAUUUACGACAAACAACAUCAGAAGAAACAUGGACAACUAUAUAUAAUAAUUUACAACAAAAUACAAGAAAUAUAAAUGAACAAACAACAGGAUCAUCAAGUUUACUUGUUGCUUUAUUUUUUAUUGUUUCAUUAGGUACACCAAUGUUAAUGUUAAAAUUUAUUAAUUCUAUUAUUAAAAAACGACAAACUGCUAAUAAUAGUUGGUUAGAACAAGAAAAUAAUCAAGCACAAGUUAUAGCAUUAUAUGAUUAUGUAGCUCGAAAUUCUGAUGAAUUAUCAUUUUCACGAGGAACAACUAUUUAUUUAGCACCAAUUAGUUUACAAUCGACAAGUUCUCAUUGGUUUUUGGGUACAAUUGAUCGUAUUCAUACUGGUUUAAUACCAGCUAAUUAUGUUCAACCAGUUCGACAAUCAACAAAUUCAAGUAUAACUCUUCGUCCACAGACACCUUAUAAUGCUACAUCAACUUCUCCUAUCCCUUCUCCAUCAACAUCUUCAUCUAAUGUUACCAAUAUUCCACAAUCAACUUUACAGGCAGAAGAAAAACCUACAUUAUCAUGA